GAAGCCGGAAGCUGCUGCUGUCGGAAGCACCCGGCGAGCGGUCUGGUGCUGACCGGCCCGGGGAUGGCUCGGAUCGCGGAGGUGGCGCGGCGCAGCGGGUGGCUGUGGCGGCGGUGGCUGCGGGCGCUGCUGCUGCUGCAGCUGCUGCGGUGGAGGUGCGCCCUGGGCGCGCUCCCCUUCACCAGCAGUCGGCACCCAGGCUUUGCGGACCUGCUGUCGGAGCAGCAGCUGCUGGAGGUGCAGGACUUGACCCUGUCUCUGCUGCAGGGUGGAAGUCUGGGGCCGCUGUCACUGCUACCCCCGGACCUGCCGGAUCUGGAGCCCGAGUGCCGGGAGCUGCUGAUGGACUUCGCCAAUAGCAGCGCCGAGCUGGCCGCCUGUAUGGUGCGCAGCGCUCGGCCCGUGCGCCUCUGCCAGACCUGCUACCCGCUCUUCCAACAGGUCGCAAUCAAGAUGGACAACAUCAGCCGAAACGUCGGGAAUACCUCCGAGAGCCAACGCUGUGCCGGAAGUCUCCUCAUGGCAGACAGGAUGCAGAUAGUUGUGAUGGUCUCUGAGUUUUUCAACAGCACGUGGCAGGAGGCGAACUGUGCAAAUUGCCUAACAAACAACAGGGAAUAUUUGUCAAAUAACACAGAGGAGUUCCUCAGUCUGUUCAACAAGACUUUGGCCUGCUUUGAGCAUAACCUGCAGGGGCGCACAUACAGUCUCCUCCCACCAAAAAAUUACUCCGAAGUAUGCAAAAACUGUAAAGAGGCGUAUAAAAACCUGAGCCUCCUGUAUAGUGAAAUGCAGAAAAUGAACGGGCUUGAGAACAAGGCUGAGCCUGGAACGCACUUAUGCAUCGAUGUGGAAGAUGCAAUGAACAUUACUCGAAAGCUUUGGAGCCGAACCUUCAACUGCUCGGUCACCUGCAGCGAUACGGUGUCUGUGGUUGCCGUGUCUGUGUUCAUUCUCUUCCUGCCCGUUGUCUUCUACCUUAGUAGCUUCCUUCACUCAGAGCAAAAGAAACGCAAACUCAUUCUACCCAAACGUCUCAAGUCAAGCACCAGUUUUGCCAACAUUCAAGAAAAUUCCACCUGAAGCCUACAAAACAGGGACUCGACCUCAUGCCGUGCCAGUGAGUGGUUGGACCAUAGCACAGUCGAGAGGAAGAUGAGCCAAGAUCUGACAGGUCACAUUCUUCUGGAAUGCUGGAGCUGUAGACCUGUAAUUUCUUCUGAAUAAGGGUUCUCAAAUUCCCUUUGCCUGAGUACCCCAGUUUUGAAGAUAUCUGUAUUUUUAAUUUUCAAACAUAGCAAUGUUACAUAUUUUUAGGUAUAUCUGUUACAGUUACAAGUGAGGGUUUUAUUUUUCAGGCAUAUGAAUGACUACUUGACUCUUCUGAUUUAUCCUCAUUAACAGAAGUACACAAAACAGAACCAGCUGAGGUCUGCCAUUUACACAUUAGUCACUUGGAGCUGACUCUGAAAAAGAAAUGUACUUGCCAAAUGGUAGCAGGCUCAAUGAUUAACUUAAAUGAAUUCCCAUCGCAGUAUUGUUGUAUGUAUAUACAUACCUAUACAUAUAUAUGUAUAUAUAAUGUAUAUUUAAUAUACAUUAAAAUAAUGUUCUCUGGUUCCCGGGAGUCACUUUUGCAACCACUAAUUGAUUAUAGACCUCCUUAAAGUUUUCAGAAAGUGAUGCCACCCUAUACAUUUAUCUUUGUUAAAGAUUUACGGUAACUGGGUUUCUAAUAUGAUUUUUAUAAAUACUGUUUUACAUCUUAUUUUGCCUUUAUUUCGUAAGUAAUUUUAAAAAUCACUGGACUGCUUAGUUAUCUUUGAGGACAAGAUGGACCCAUCUUAAGCCAGGGAUCUGCAUCGUGAAUUUCAUCGUGAAUUCCAUUAAGUUAUUUGGUAACCUGUAACUUAUUAGUAGUUUAAGUAAAAUGUAGCCCAAGUGUAUCAUGCUGUGUUUAAAUUUGUGAUUUUUAGUGAAAACUUUAUCUUGGAAUAUUUGGAGAUUUUGGGAGAAAUGAAGGAGAAAUACACAAAGCUUAAAUUUCAGAAACUAGACAAGGACCUGAGUGGAUGCUCACUGUAAGACAGCUGGGGAGUUUAUACUGGAGAUGAAUUGGAUGGCAGGUUCACACAGAAAGCCCCCAGUUAUGGGAAGGAUGAAAGUCACAUGACUGAAAUGAAAUUACACAUUUCACUAUCAGGAAACUAGUUCUGCUUUGGAAUAUUGUUUAGCAACCUUUAAGACAAUAUCUCAGUGUCUUUCAGUUUUAUUUCUCCAUAUGUAGAAGCUGGUGGUUUUGUUGGUUAAUUCGGUGGAAACAGGCUUUGCUUUAAAGGUUGUGAAUAGGAAGACUCCUUGGGCUCAGUGGUUAAGAAAAUGUGAGUCCCUUCACAGACUGCAGUUGCUCUCCAGGGAGACAGGAGCGUUUGGGUAUUUUUGUAUGUUUACCACAUAUGCAGAGUGUGAGAGCAGGCUCGUCCUGGAGUGUGUCACACGGGGAGUGUGACAAUCAGAUGAUGCUGUGAUCCACUAGAUGUGCUGUGGUCUGUUGUGCUGUCACUGUUCCUGCGGCUGUGACUAAGGCACUGUCUUGAUUUUGAAGCACAUGGCUGCGGGCCAUUGAGAGCCACCGUCAUGAAUACAUAUAAAGCCCGUUUACAUGUGCAAAGUUAGCAAAUGACAUAUUUAAACGGUGAGUAUCGAGUCCUUGGGCACCUUUCAGUACUGUGUGUACACACCAUUGCUUUUGGAUAAGAAGCUGGCGAGCACUUUAAUAAGCCAGCCAUCUCUGUUUUUGAUCAGGGCCUGGCUCUCUAGAAGUUGCAUCAGAAAGAGAUUUGAAAAUGUGACAAAGAAUUUCAUCUUAUGGUCAUAUGAAAAAUGUACAUAGUUCUGAAUCCUGAGACACAUAGGGUUAUGUGUGUGUACGAGAAAACCUGUUUUUUUUCUUUAUGUUUUACAAUAAAGAAAAUAACA